AAUGGUCGACUUCCGUUCUCCAUUCCGGUGUUCAUAUUGGCAUGGUUUUGUCGUGAAUUGUUGGUCUAUCCGAUAUUCAUUCGUGCCCUGUACAAUCCGUCCGUGAUCACCUGGGGUCGUUAUUCUUAUCGAGUACACAUGGGUGGCACGACUACACGAAUUCCCCGGGCAUUUGACUCGCGACGUGUGCACAAACCGCCUGUGAUCAGUUGUGACACGACCAGUCAUCACAAACACGUGAUUGUCAAUCACAGUCCGGAACUGCUCUCAAAUCCGAACACACUGAACCACGGAUCGGUGCACAGUGUGAAUGGUGGUGAAGGGCAUGUGAACUCCUGUGAGUCCGUUCGGUUCAAACUGUUCCCGUUGAACGAUGUAUGUGAAGUCCCCAUGGCCAAAUAUCUUCACAAACUUCCAACCAUGACUAAGAAAAACGGAUACAGGUAUAGUAAACUGGAGGACCCAGUCCUUUCUGCAGUGACUACACCUCAAAUUGAGGCAUAA